CACAUUGCACACACCAAAUCAAUUGGUAGUCCAAAUCCAAAACUCCUCCUGCCCCCCUCCUCCUUCGCUGUACGCAAUAAUGCAUUCACCGAAACCACGGCGCAAACCGGGUCCCACAACAGCCGGAGCGGACUCGGGGGAGAAGCUGGACGAACUCCUGAUAUCCUCCGCGAUCUGUAACGGCGAGGAUUUAGGACCGUUUGUGCGGAAAACGUUCGGGACGGGGAAACCAGAGACUCUCCUCCACCAUCUCAAGUUGUUCGCUCGAUCCAAAGAAUCAGAGAUCGAAGAAGUCUGCAAAGCUCACUAUCAAGACUUCAUCAACGCCGUUGACGAUCUCAAGUCGCUUCUCUCCGAUGUCGAAUCUCUCAAAUCCUCUCUCUCCGAUUCCAAUUCCAAGCUCCAAUCCAUCGCUGCCCCGCUCCUCUCGUCUCUCGAUUCGCUCGUCGAGGCGCAGACCGUCUCAAGGAACGUCGAUCUGGCGAUUAGAGCCUUGACGCACUGCGUUCGUGUGAUGGAGCUUGUCUCUCGAGCUAAUCAGCAUCUCCAGAGCGGGAGUUUCUACCUGGCGCUGAAGUGCGUGGACUCGAUUGAGAGCGACUUCUUGGAGAAGACGCAGUCGUCCACUUUGAAGCGGAUGCUGGAGAAGAGGAUCCCUCAGAUUCGAGGCUAUGUCGAGAGGAAGGUGAGCAAGGAGUUAGGUGAUUGGCUGGUGGAGAUUCGCGUGGUGAGCCGGAAUCUUGGUCAGUUAGCGAUCGGUGAAGCUUCUGCUGCUCGUCAGCGAGAGGAGGAGCUUAGGAUGAAGCAGAAGGAAGCAGAGGAGCAGAGCAGACUCAGUCUCCGCGACUGCGUCUACGCUCUAAAGGAAGAAGAAGACGAUGAUGAGUAUGAGUCUGGCCUUGAAGGCAGUGAUGCCUUUGAUUUGACUCCGCUCUAUAGAGCUUACCACAUUCAUCAGUCACUCUCGCUUGAAGAUAGGUUCAAGCGUUACUACUUUGAUAACAGGGAGCUUCAGCUUAAGUCUGACUCUCAGGUCUCUUCCAUGACUCCGUUUCUCGAGUCUCAUCAGACGUUUUUCGCGCAGAUUGCUGGGUUUUUCAUUGUCGAAGAUAGGGUUUUGAGGACCGGAGGAGGGUUGAUUUCGAGGCAGGAAGUUGAGUUUCUGUGGGAUCUUGCUGUUGGUAACAUGUGUGCUGUGUUGGAGGAUCAGUUCUCUAGGAUGCAGACGGCUAAUCAUCUCUUGUUGAUUAAGGAUUACGUGAGCUUGUUAGGGGUGAGUCUACGUAGGUAUGGAUACACUGUUGACGCCCUUCUCGAAGUGUUGAGCAAGCAUAGGGACAAGUAUCACGAGCUGUUGUUGUCUGAUUGUCGUAAACAGAUGAUAGAAGCCUUGGCUGCAGAUAAGUUUGAGCAGAUGCUGAUGAAGAAAGAGUAUGAGUAUUCCAUGAAUGUGCUCUCUUUCCAGUUGCAGACAUCGGAUAUUGCGCCCGCGUUCCCUUACAUUGCUCCGUUUUCAACCACAGUGCCGGAUUGUUGCAGGAUUGUGCGGUCUUUUAUCGAGGAUUCGGUUAGUUUCAUGUCUCAUGGAGGUCAGCUUGAUUUCUAUGAUGUUGUUAAGAAGUAUCUGGAUAGGCUUCUAGGGGAAGUUCUCGACGAGGCUCUGUUGAAGCUGAUUAACACAUCGGUUCAUGGAGUUUCUCAGGCGAUGCAGGUUGCAGCAAACAUGUCUGUGUUUGAGCGUGCUUGUGAUUUCUUCUUCCGUCACGCUGCACAGCUCUCAGGAGUUCCGUUGAGAAUGGCGGAGAGAGGUAGAAGACAUUUCCCAUUAACUAAAUCCCAAAACGCUGCGGAAGAUACACUCUCGGGAUUGCUUAAGAAGAAGAUAGACGGGUUCAUGACAUUGAUCGAGAAUGUGAACUGGACAAGCGACGAUGUUCCACAAGGCGGGAACGAGUACAUGAACGAAGUAAUAAUCUACUUAGAGACUUUGGUCUCCACCGCGCAACAGAUAUUACCUGCUAAAGUCCUGAAAAGGGUUUUGCGCGAUGUCCUCGCUCACAUCUCUGAGAGAAUCGUCGGAACGUUAUGUGGGGAUAUAGUGAAAAGACUGAGCAUGGCUGCAAUCAAAGGAGUUGAUGUGGAUAUUCAGUUGCUGGAAUCUUUUACAGAACAACUAAAGCCAUUGCUCACGGACAGAGAAGCGAAAGAGAUGAAAACAGCUUUUGUCGAGAUGAGACAGUUGAUAAACUUGCUUCUGAGUAGUCACCCUGAGAAUUUUGUGAACCCUGUGAUCAGAGAAAGAAGCUACAACGCUUUGGAUUACAGGAAAGUAGCGGCGGUGUCUGAGAAACUCAGAGAUCCAUCAGAUAGUAUCUUCGGGACGUUUGGAACAAGAGGGUCGAGGCAAAACCCAAAGAACAAAUCGUUAGACACGUUAAUAAAGAGAUUGAAGGAUGUGAGCUGAUGAUGAUGAUGAUUUGAGCACAAACACACACGAUGCGUAAGAUAUGAUUGUUUCUCUCCUUUGUUUUGUCUUUUGCCGUAUUUCUUUGUUAAAUAUAUGAUUUGCUUAAUACUACUUCAUUGUUGAUGAUUCGUUGGUCUCUGAGUUAAAGGCAAAUAAACGCAAAACUGUUUUCACCCCAA